AUGGAUGAUCCAGGUUCAGAAACUAGAGCAACUCGCAAAGAGGCUCCAGGCUCGGGCUUGUCCAUAUUGAAGCAGCGGCACCAGAGGCAAGGUUCGCCUGAUAGCACGCACUCGCGAUCAUCUUCCAUGUCGAAAAACACAAUUCAGGACCGGCUAUUUAAUAAGCUUCUGCAACAAGUUAUCCCCGCAGACGAUGAUGCGGAACCCAACACCGGGGACAAGGCCAUGGCAAAUUCCCCAAAAAAGCCACCAUUUAGUCUCCCAGCAAUGACGAAUAACUUUCGCCGAUUUAAUGCAAGAAUCGGCGUGGUAUUUCUUUUCCAGGCUCAGGCAGAGGGUCUAUUCUGUUGGAACACACCAACCCACACAAUAUCUUUCCUCUUCGUUUAUUCCUUCGUCUGCCUGGAUCCGCACCUGCUAUUGGUUCUCCCACUGGUGAUUUUCCUACUCUUUAUCAUGGUGCCGGCCUUCUUGACCCGCCACCCUCCACCACCUUCUACAUCCACCUCCAGCACGACACCUUAUUACUCUUAUGAAGGGCCAGCAUUAGCACCGGCCAAGACUAUUAAGCCCGCUCCCGAAACUUCCAAGGACUUUUUCCGUAACAUGCGUGAUCUACAGAACGUGAUGGCGGAUUUCUCCGACGCUCAUGAUGCAACGGUCUCUGUCGUUGCACCACUCACUAAUUUCUCAAACGAAAAACUGUCUUCAGCUCUCUUCUUGGGUUGCACGGUGGCUACGGUGGUGCUAUUCUUAACAGCACAUCUUGUACCACUUCGGCUGGUGAUGCUAGUGGCCGGGAAUGCAGGUGUCUUGUUAAAUAACCCCACAGUGCGACAGUUCUUCCAAGGCUUAUUGCAGGAUGUGAGCGGAGUAACGGAUCAAGAUGCCCCCCUUCUCAGUGAGGAGGCCGAGCGUGAGCUGUUCGGGCAACCAGUCCCAAAAACACCAUCUGCGGCCGUUUCUGCUUUGGAACAGUUGGCGGACAUCUCACUAGACACCGACCCAGAAGAGCGUGAGGUCGAGAUUUUUGAAAUACAACACAGAUCUCCAGGGACUUCGGAAUCCGGUUGGGAGAAUUUCUUGUUUAGUCCACUACCUUACGACCCACUCUCUCCUUCUCGCAUUGCAGGCGAUCGGCCUCGUGGGUGUCGAUUUUUUGACGAUGUCCGCACACCACCUGGAUGGAAGUGGAAGAGCAAAAAAUGGGAACUUGACUUGGAUUGUCGGGAGUGGGUCGUGGAGCGCAUGAUCACCGGCGUUGGCUUCGAAGUUCCAGGUGUUUCACCAGAAGAUAACACUAUCGUUGACGAGGUAGGAGGCUGGGUCUGGGACCUUCCAGCCGAACCAUCGGCCAGUGAAGAAGAAGAAAUAACCGCAAUGGCUUAUGGAGACCUACCACCGGAGAGAAAACAGGAGGGUGCACUCCCAAGAGAACCCCGUAAAAGGUCUACCACGCGGGAUUGGGAAGAAGGAAGCCCUGCUUCUUACGGAGUGGGAGAAUGGCGGCGCCGUCGAUGGGUACGAAUUGUGCAGCGCAUGAAUGUCCCCCCAGCUGGCACGAGCACUGUCACGUAUUCAACCCUAGGCCAUUAA